AUGGUUUGGAGAGUACUAAUUGUAUUUAACCAAAUCAAAAAUCUCCAUUGUUCCGACCUUCGCAUCGAGGAUUUGCCUAUUGCUUAUCGCCUCCGAUCCCACGGCUCUAGCCGAUUCUUGCUCUUCUCGACAUCCAGCAAACCCUUGAUUCUCAAGGCCACCAAAAACGAAGACGGAUGGCAGCGCAAAUUUUUCUUUGUCAAACGAGACUCCAUUGCUGAGGGUGCCAGCCUUCCGGUGGAGUGGUUAACCACCGUGAACUUCAAGGAAGUUGCUCCCCCUACCGCUGAGUCAGAAGAGAGAAUCGAUACUGUUUACCGGUUACCUGCAAUAGACAGGACUUUCACCACACACGUCCCGAGUUCCAGCCAAUACUCAUCAUCCGAGAUGUCUGCACCAGCUAAGAUCCCUGAAGUCUUUGAUCUUGACGAAUUGGGCAGCUAUUCUGACCAGAUCCAGGUCAAGAAAGAACCUAGCCCCAAGACCACAGCUACAUCCAAACCCAGCAUCUCCAAAGCCAUCAUCAUUCCUAAACCUUCACCGGCUACCAAACCCCGGAGUUCAAGUUCCUGCAAAAGGAAAGAACCUGAUUCCCCUGUCAUUUCUGACACAUUUCCUUACGAGAAGCACGGGUUCAUUGAAGCUAGCGGGUUUAUGACUUCUUUUCUUAACCAGGGUCUUGAGCGCUUGGUUAACUUAUAUCAAGAAUCCUGCAAGCUCAACAAGACACUUGAAUCUAAACUAAAGGAAGCAGAAAUCACAAUCUCCGACCAAGGUAUGAUUGCGGCCGCCAAAUCUCGUCAUUACGAGGAGAAAUACAAAGCUAUGACCCAAGAACACCAAGUUGCUCUCAACAAAGCUACUCUUCAAGCCCAGGCCGAUCUGGAAGCCGCCCAUGUGCAGUAUGAACGGGAUAUGGUCAGCUACCGGGAAAGCCUCAAAAGUUCCGUCGUCAUUUCUCUCCUCCAAGCCAGGUUGAAGAUGGCUCAUGAAGCCAAAACAUUAGGUUUCGACUGCCCUUCUUGGGAUGUUGGUGCUUGGGAGACCAAGCUAAAGAACCUUGGCGGCACCUCUUCCAAAUCGACUGUCGAUGAACCUUCCAAAACAGUCGAAAAAGCAACCGAUGCUGAGAAGGAUACUGAGGCGGAUCCCAAGACGGAUGUUGCUGAAACCACUAUGGACCAAGAAGGCACUACCCCCUAGAGCUUAUUUCCUUUGAAUUAUUCGAACAAUUUUAUGUUUUUAUGAACAAUUUAUAUUUCUGUAU